UAACCCCGUGACCGAUGUUUUGGGCAAAAUUGUAAUUUACUAAGGGGUGGCUAACCAAGUAACCAACCAUAGGAAAUCAUCCGCUGUCUCUCAAAAACCCUCGAAGUGCUGAGCCGUCAACCCUCUCCACCUCAUAUCGGAGUCUUCUUUCAUCAGUGCCAUACAGAAUGGAUGCGCCUGAGGACAAUUUUACUGAAAACAAUGUUGUUGGGGCAAUUGAUAACUCUGAAAGUGAAAAACAAGAAGUUGAGGAGAAUGUUGUUGCUGAAGCAGCUGAAAAGAGAUGGUUUGGUUGGCCUGGUGAGAGUGUUUUUCGUAUCUUAGUUCCUACCCAUAAGGUAGGUGGCAUCAUUGGACGAAAAGGGGAAUCUAUCAAGAGAAUGUGUGAGGAAUCAAAAGCUCGUAUUAAGAUUCUUGAUGGGCCUCCUGGUGUUCCAGAAAGAGUGGUAAUAAUUUCAGCAAAGGAAGAGCCAGAUUUGUCAAUUUCACCUGCUAUGGAUGGUCUUCUGAAGGUUCAUAAACGUUUAGUGGAUGGCGUGGAUGGGGAUUCAACUCAUGGUCUACCUAAUUCCGGUAAUGCUGUCUUGACAAGAUUAUUGGUAGCAGCAACACAGGCGGGAUUCCUCAUUGGAAAACAAGGAUCAACCAUCAAAUCUAUCCAAGAAACUUGUAACUCUGCUGUUCGUGUUGUUGAAGAUCUCCCUCCUGUUGCAUUGCCUGAUGACAGAGUUGUUGAAAUACAAGGCGAACCCAUUUCAGUGCAUAGGGCGUUGGAGAUGGUAUCAAAUCAUUUAAGGAAGUUUCUGGUUGACCGUAGUGUGCUUCCAUUAUUUGAGAUGCACACUUCAAUUCAGAAUCUGCAUUUGGAACACAGCAUUGCACCAGCUCAACCUUGGGGCCAUCCUCAAGGCCUUCCCUCAAAUGCUGGUUCAGGCUACGGUACCAAUCCUCAAUUCAUGCCUUCUCGUCCUCAUGACAGUUAUUACCAUCCACCCGACCUUCCUUCAUUGGAAAAACAACCUCACCAUGGUAUAUCUACGUACGGACGCGACGCACCAUCCAUGGGCAUUCAUUCUGCAGCUAAUCAACAAUCAGCACCAACAAUGGUUGCGCAGGUCACCCAGCAUAUGCAAAUUCCCCUUUCUUAUGCAGAUGCUGUAAUAGGGGCCGCUGGAACUAAUAUCAGCUAUAUCCGUCGUGCCAGUGGAGCAACUGUAACUAUACAGGAAACAAGGGGUGUACCAGGAGAAAUGACUGUGGAGGUUAUUGGAAGUGCUACACAAGUUCAAACCGCUCAGCAACUGAUACAGAAUUUCAUGGCUGAAGCUGCCGCACCAGCCGCUGCUGCUGCAGCUGCGCCGACCGUGUUGGGCCAAGCUGAUCAGGGUUACACUUCCUACCAACAUGGUCAUAUUUAUUCAUCUCCGGCAGCCAAUGCUGGGCUUCCUGCUCAUGCUGCAGCAGGAUAUGCGUCUGCUUAUGGUUCUACUUAUGGCUAUUAAGGUAGGCAUGAGAUGUGAUCAAUGCUAUUUUAAGAUGAUUGAAGAAACUUAUCGAACAAUAUAUGAUUAAACUGUAUGAAUGAAUUUAGGGGAAUGCUAAUGUGUCUUAAUUGAGUCUUGAACAUUUAUGCUUAGUUGUCUUUGUGUGCAAUAUGUAGCUUUUUUAAAACUUGUGAUUGCCAAUCGUUUGUUUUCUCUUA